CCUUCCCACCAAAGUUUGAAAAUUAUCCGCCGCUCCGUCCUUUUGCCGUCCGCGUGUCCGAUUUCUGUCCGUCUGUGCUAUCUCUCUCUCUCUCUGGAAAAGAAAGCAAUGUCUCUAACGACGCCAGAAACCAACAAGACCGUCUCAAUCACUGGUGGAUGUUCGGCUGGCGCCGCGGGGCUAGGACCCACGCCCAAGAACGAAUUCAAGAAACCGUUCUUGAAGCAAAAGCAGUAUUUCAUGAGCCCCACAGAUGCCAUGGUGUCACCAUGCACACAGAAACUGCAGACCUCGCGUCUCCUCCAGAAGAGACCACCCCACCACAGAUCUAAAGUCAACGUAAGACCGGCAUUGGCAAACAAGGAGAAUGACAAGAGAAAAGUCGGCGAUUUGCCAACAAUUCCGCAGGAAGAUGAACCAGAUCCUGAACCCACACCACAAGAUUCAUAAACUUGAAACAGUCAUAGACUGCAUCUUAGCUACAGGCGUGAGUGUUUAUGCACAUUUUCAGCUGUGACUAUACGUAACCAUCAAUUUUUGAUUGUGUUAAAUUUUUUGAUUUGUGCACUCAUAAUGUUUCUCUGGACCAAGUAAUUUUAAUGAUUGGGCGGGGAAAAUUUUACACAGAGUGAUCAGUCGAAAGUUGAGUCAAUUUCUGUCUGCGUUCCAAGACGCUGGAAUGGAGUGUGUCCACAAGAUCGCUCACGCUGGGUUCAAAGCUCAAGAGAUCUCGAACUAAUUCGUUGGGGGGCAACCCUCCACCAAAUGAUAGCAUGUUUCGUAAACUGUCUCCGCUCUCACGUGAGAAAGGAUUGUUUGCAAAGCAGAUCUUCCAGACGAGACUAGACACAGCACGUGCCCACAGAUAAGAAUAGUAACGAGCCCCGUAACCAUAGAAAUGGUUGAAACGGAGGACCCAGGUUGCCCCCGGCAACGGCGGGAGCGGUGCAUAGCGACAGUAAAUGUCGUGGGCCAGUUGAAGUGGAGAUGAUUUGGAAGGUUUUCGAGUGUGUAGCAACAGGUCCGUCAGAGCGUACACAAUCUGCAACUGUAGGUCGUAUGCAGGAAAAACUGCAGCAGACAGUUGAACUGUGGACAUGUCCGAUCCGUGGAUUGGACGACCAGUUUCAUGAUGCCUUGCAAAGGACUGCAGUACGCGAGAGUCGGCCAGAAACAGCUCCAUGAGUGUGGACGGUACUUCGGCGAAAUCGGUCGAGCAUCGCGUCCCGGUCACAUUCUGGAACCGGGAUCUGCCCAGGACCGAGUGGAGGGCGUGGCCCAUUUCGUGGAAUAAAUUCUCGACAGCACUGAGAGAGAGUAGGGGGUCGUUGCCACGGGGACCACACUGACUCCGCGAGAAAUUGCAGCAGAGGGCAAUAAUUGGAAUCUGGUACUCUCCAUUUCUCUUUUGUCUCCCUCCCUGGAUGGUGAAAUGACAGUCGGAUAUCGCUUUGCCUUCUCGAGUGAACAAAUCGCAGUAAGUGUAUCCCAAAAGCUCGCCGUCCUCGCCAGCUAAAUGCCGUCCUCGCCAGCUAAAUGCCAGCUUCAUUACGUCAUUGCUCCACACUUCACCUGGAUGGGCGGGGACUGUUUCCAUGGUAACACCAAACAAAUGCUGAAACAAGCGUGCGAGACCACGGAGCGUCGUUUCGAGAGAGAAAUACUUGCGUAGUUCUGAGCUUUUCGACUGAAACAUUUUCUUUUUUGCUUCACUGGUGCAGAUGUUCACGUCGCACAACUGGAGCGGUGAUUGGUCGUUAUUUGAGGGGCGAAAUCGUUUCAUUUCCUCCACCUCUUCCCGUGCCAGCGGCAAAUUCUUUUCGCUCAGUUCCUCCAGAAACCGUAUGGCAGUUUCCGGAUUACCUACCAUGCACGUCUUCAGCGUCUUGUGAGCAAACGAUUCGUAGCCAGCUAGUACUGAAACGUCGUGCCGUGUUCUCAAAAUCUCUUCAAAGAUUCCCACUUGCGUUGGCAGCUCGGAAAAGUAGAGAGCAUAACCGAGAGAUCGGAGUUUGGAAUCUGGACUGUGGUAUGGAACGUGGUCGACAGCGACAUGGGAACCGUCUCGAGUGGUUGAGAAAUGCUCCGCGAGCGCCUGUGGACACUGCUUGCGGGGAACUAGAGUCGGCAGAUUCGUGUUCUCCAUAAACCCAUGACUCAGCUCCAAAAUUCGAUUAUUUAGCUCCACAACUUUCCCUCGUUUGCCAAAAUCGAGA